ACACACGUUACUGAAGUUCCGAGGGAGAAGGAGAGCCAGAGUUCCUGUUGCUGUGGCUGUGAGGAAACUAGUAUCCUGGCAAAGGUGCGUGUGAAUUCUUACCUGCCGAGUAAUUAAUAUGAUCCUCAGUGGAUGGACGACUAAUUUCCCAGAGCCCGGAGAGUUGGAUGAUUGAAUGGUUCUUUGAAGCGAUGAAACGAAGUGACACACAUCUGCCCGAGGCCUGAUUACCUGCCUCUGUGAAGGAACCUGAAUUUAGGAGGCAACGAUAGCGGCGGGAGCAGUAGCAAAUAGUCUGACAGCGGACCUGGCUGGCGUCUCUCCCUCCCGUGCCUUCCCCCGCCAUGGCGCCACGGAGCAAGCUUACAUACCACGAGAAGGGUCACAUUCUCCGCCAGUUCAGCGGGCACGCAGCCAUGAGCGCCCGGGCCUUGGCAGAUCGCUACGGGGUCAACAAGGCAGUGUUCACCAACAUUCUGGAGGAGAAGCGCACCAAUUGCACGUCUUCGUCCGACAUAACUUUCGAUUUCUUUAAGACAACUUCCGCAAACUUAGAGGUGAAAGAAGAGGCCGUAAGCUCCGAGGAAGAAGUGGGAGUGAGCUUAAAGGAAAAAGACGAUGCAAGCUUGGCGAAAGAAAAAUGGGUGAAUGCAAGCUUGGAGGGAGAGGAGGAAGACAAAGAGAUGAAAAAGGAGCCCGUAAGCUUGGUGCAAGAGGAGGCUGGGAUCCCCGCGGUGCAUGAGCAGGAUACCAAGUCUGCCGGCCAGGAUUCCAAACUGACGGAGAGACUUAAGGAAAUUUCACCCAAUGACAGCUUGGCGCCGCCUCUCACUCACGAAGCGUUCAGCGAAGCGCCGGACGAACACAGCCAUUCACGCCAGGAACUCUUCACUGCCCUCCUGACGCUGCAACAAGUGGUGGAGUACAACCCAAUGCCCAGAUGGUUCACAUUCGUAUUCGAUUCUCUCUUACCGGGUUCGAGUCUAAUGGAGGACGCGUGGCCGGGGGCGCUGUGGGGUAGGAGAAGCACAGUGAGCCUCCGCCGCCUCAGGAUAUACUGUCGGCAGUGUUGGUGGUGCGUUGGGCAUUGCACAGCGACCAAUACCUGCCCCCGUGGUUCACCUUUACCCUCAGCCGUGUGCUUCAGAAAUACAAAAACAGAAGAGGACACGCAUUCAAUGGAGUUUCAGUCUGCAAUUCGUCCUUCAGAUGGACUUGGUUUUAAAGCAACAAUGACGUCAGUGUGAGUGAGUGGGGCUGUGGGAGGUUGAAAUUUUAAAGCAACACACACACACACACACACACACACACACACACACACACACACACACACUAGUUUGUGUAGAAGACUUAAAAAUGGCACCAUGAAAAGAUCUCGCCAAUAACGGGACACGUGGCGCUAACGUUUUACUACAUCAAAGUGUUCCUUCAUUUUUAUGUUUCGUAUGUAUCAGUGUUCUGCCAAUAAAAAGAGCGUCUGCC